AUGAACUGUGGUUCAGCAAGACGCGAAGAAUGCAGCGAAGAGUGUGCAGGCGGCAAUACGGAAGAAGAAAUGGAAGAAUACGCUGAAGUCUUUGAAAACAUUGAAGAAUAUCGUGCUGAUGCAAAGAAGGGUAACCGCCCAAGACGAAAGGACGACUCGGACACGGAUACUGAUACAGAUACCGACACGGAUACUGACACAGAUACCGAUACGGAUACUGACACGGACACGGAUACCGAUACAGACACUGACACAGACACCGAUACAGACACCGACACUGAUGAUGAUGACGAAGAAGAAGAUGAAGAAGAAGAAGACAAUACUGAUGACGAUGACGAUGAAGAAGAAGAAGAAGAAGAAGAUGAUGACCACUCACACAAGAAGGGCAAGAAAUCGCACAAACACAGUCACAAAAGUGGCAAGUCAAAACACCAUCAUUAG